AUGAUUAUAUGCCUAAAUAUUGUACCCACUAUAAAUUACAGGGGCUUGAUAUACAUAAUUGCUGGAUUCAUCAUCCGGAGUACAAGCCUAACAAGGAAGAACCCAAAAAACGAGGAACAAAAGCCAGAGGAGGUUUUUGUACCUGCAAAGACACAACAGAAGCAAGUGAAUGAGGAAGUUAAGCAAUCUGUUACCAAACCAGUUGCAACAAAAGGUAAAGGAUCACAGUUUAAUGGAAAUAACAAUAGAAAUAACAGUAGAAUGGAAUGGAAUGUGGUGACAAACAAGAAGAAAAGAAAGAAUAGUGUGGAGGAGCUACAAGGAAUACCAAAUCACAACAAUGCUGACCACGUGCAAAAAGAAAAAGGGAAAGUCCAUGAGGAAAAUAAUGAUAAUUCAUUUGAGGUUCUGGCAACAGUAGAGGAAGAACAAUCAAUUGAGAUAGUGCAUGAAAAAAAGAAAAAGAAGCCAGAAACAACUAAGACAUGGAUUGAAUCCACUUUUAGUAAAACAAAAAAGAGUACUGAAGAAGGAAACAGCCAAAAACAAGGGGAUUGUGGUUCAACAAACAAGGAUGAUAGCAAGGAAGAUGUUGAGGAAGGCAACAAUACAAAUAAUUAA